AACUUCUUAAGAGCGAUUUUGCUUCAUUUUAAACACAUUUUAGGCUGCGGAAACAAGCCAUAUUCUGCGCGAGUGGUGAAUGGAGAAAAUGCCUCCCCACACUCCUGGCCUUGGCAGAUUUCUCUGAGAGUGAAUGGUCGCCAUAUUUGUGGAGGAUCUCUAAUCAAGAAUGAUUGGGUCGUCACAGCGGCUCAUUGUGUAGAUCGAAAUCCUAGACCAAGUGGAUAUACUGUCGUUGUAGGUAAGUAUUUUUGUUUCUGUUUUUUUUCUUCUGUUUUUUUUAAUUCCCGCUUCUUAAAAUGAGUGAUACUGGUCACAAACGUUUUUCAACAGAGUUUAAGGCAUUGCGUUUAUGAGCCAGACUUGUAAAAAAAUAAACUUUCUUUACUCCCGUUCCCGCAGCUUGUUCUUAUCAUUAUUAUUUUUCUUUCUUUCUUUCUUUCUUUCUUUCUCUCUUUCUUUCUUUCUUUCUUUCUUUCUUUCUUUCUUUCUUUCUUUCUUUCUUUCUUUCUUUUUUAUUAUCAUUUUUAACCAUGCGAAGGUUAAGCUUUCGUUAUUAUUGUUUUUGCGGGUAAAAGAAAUCCCGAUUAACUUAACAACCUCACUUACGUUACAAAGAAAAGAUGAAAAAAUAUAUUAAUAAAACCACUAAUAUGGGGAUUGUAAAUGCAAUUUAUGUAGGGGCCCAUCAGCGAACUGGAUCAACUGCUGUCCAGCAAACCUUUCGUCUAAAAAAGCUGUUCAAACACGAGCAGUUCAGCAUGAGACAUCUGAGAAAUGAUAUCGCCCUACUGCAACUGGCAGGAUCAGUUUCAGUUAGUUCUAAAGUUAACACUGUGUGUUUGCCGUCAUCUGGAAGCAGGAUACCUGCAGGAAGACAAUGCUAUAUAACAGGUACUCCAGUUCGAAAUUGGUUGUGA